AGUUUUAAUUUUUCUUUUCUUUUUCUUUUUCUUUGGGGUAAAUCCUCUCCUUUUACUGGCUGCAACCUGCCUGCAGUUCGUUUAAUCUGAAUUGGAAUUCCCAAAACAAGAACGCCAUGAAAAUUUGCUACGAUAUAUACUGGUGGAAGCGAAGUUGCUGCUAGGUAACGACUUUCACGAACCCAGUUUCUAGGGUAUAGCUGGGCAGUUGAUUUUCUAGCAAGUUGUGGUGUAAUUGGCUUUGGAAACACCUUGGGGGAAUUGGUACUGGCUAUGGUGGAUUUUGAAGGCAAUGUGGAAGGUGGUGGGGAAGGGAUGGGACUAAAUAUGGUUGAUGUUGUCAAUGCUAUACAAACUAAGGAUGGCCAGGUAAAUAGUUUUUGCAAAGCAGACAAUGUGGAGAUUGAAUGUGAGAACAUUGAACCGCGUGGUGGGAUCGAAUUUGACUCACAUGAGGCAGCCUACUCGUUUUAUCAGGAUUAUGCAAAGUCCAUGGGGUUCACCACAUCAAUUAAAAACAGCCGCCGCUCAAAGAAGACCAAAGAAUUUAUCGAUGCUAAGUUUGCAUGUUCACGGUAUGGGAUAACACCGGAAUCAGAGAGUGGUAGUAGCAGGAGGCCGAGUGUGAAAAAGACAGAUUGUAAGGCCAGUAUGCAUGUGAAGAGAAAACGAGAUGGGAAAUGGUAUAUCCACGAGUUCAUAAAAGAGCACAAUCAUGAGCUUUUGCCUGCCUUAGCAUACCAUUUCCGCAUACACAGGAAUGUAAAGUUAGCUGAAAAGAAUAAUAUAGAUAUUUUGCACGCGGUUAGCGAGCGGACAAGGAAGAUGUAUGUUGAGAUGUCUAGACAGUCUGGUGGGAGUCCAAAUUUCUGCCUCAGCAAGAAUGAAUUUGACCACCAGUUUGACAGAGGUCGGUACUUGACAUUAGAAGAAGGGGAUUCUCAAAUCAUGCUUGAACAUUUUGUACAGUUUCAAAAAGAUAAUCCCUUUUUUUUUUAUGCGAUUGAUUUGAAUGAAGAACAACGGAUGAGGAACUUGCUCUGGGUUGAUGCCAAAAGCAGGAAGGAUUAUGUCAGCUUUUGUGAUGUUGUCUUCUUCGAUACCAGUUACCUUAAAAUCAAUGAUAAGAUGCCUAUUGGUCUGUUCAUUGGGGUAAACCAUCAUUUUCAGCCUAUGUUGCUUGGAUGUGCAUUAUUAGCUGAUGAAUCUAAACCAACAUAUGUUUGGCUGAUGAAGACAUGGCUGAGAGCGAUGGGCGGGCAACCUCCAAAAACUAUUAUUAGCGAUCAGGAUAAACAGUUGAAGCUGGCUAUUGAAGAAGUUUUUCCGUUCUCACGCCAUUGCUUUGCUCUUUGGCAUAUAUUAGAAAGGGUACCUGAAUAUCUUGCUCAUGUACUCAAACAACAUGGAAACUUUAUGAAAAAAUUCAACAAGUGCAUAUUCAAGUCAUUGACAGAUGAAGAGUUUGACAUGAGGUGGUGGAAGAUGGUGAGCAGAUUCGAGCUACAAGAAAAUGAAUGGGUUCAUUCUUUAUAUGUGGAUUAUAAAAAGUGGGUUCCCUUAUUCAUGAGGGACACCUUUUUGGGUGGGCUCUCUACAAAUCUGCGAUCUGAAAGUGUGAACUCUUUCUUUGACAAAUAUUUUCACAAAAAAGUCAGUCUGAAAGAGUUUAUGAGACAAUAUGGGGCAAUGCUUCAAAACAAAUAUGAAGAAGAAGAUAUAGCAGAUUUUGACACCUGGCACAAACAGCCCGCACUAAAGUCACCUUCCCCAUGGGAAAAGCAGAUGUCAACAAUUUAUACACAUGCAAUAUUUAGAAAGUUUCAAGUUGAAGUUUUGGGUGUGGUGGGAUGCCAUCCCAAGAAGGAGAAAGAGAUUGGAGGUGUUGUUUAUUUUAGAGUGGACGACUGUGCCAAAAAUGAGAAUUUUGUGGUCACAUGGAAUGAGACAAAGUUAGAGGUUUCUUGCUCUUGUCUAAUGUUUGAAUACAAAGGUUUUCUAUGCCGACAUUCGAUGAUUGUUCUUCAAAUAUGUGGCCUUACAAGGAUUUCAUCUCGAUACAUUCUUAAGAGGUGGACAAAAGAUGCAAAAAACAAGCAAGCUGUUCCAGAGGAGACAGAAAAAGUCCCAUCUAGGGUGCAACGAUACAAUGAUCUAUGCAAGCGAGCUAUUGAGUUGGGUGAAGAGGGUUCUCUAUGUGAGGCAAAUUAUAAUGUUGCUUGUCGUGCUUUGGUUGAUGCUCUGAGAAACUGUGUCAAUGUCAAUAACAGAACUACUGUAGAAUGUAGUAAUAAUUCGGUUGGACUUCGGUGCGCCGAAGAAGGCAGCCAGUCCAUCCAGGCUACCAAAACAAUAAAGAAGAAGACUACUAGUAAGAAAAGAAAGUUCCCACAAGAACCAGAUGUAGUUAUGGUUGAGACUCAAGGCAAUUUACAACAGAUGGACAACCUAAGCUCGGAAGGAAUUGCCCUAAAUGGAUACUACGGGUCUCAGCAACAUGUACAUGGAGUGUUAAAUCUGAUGGAACCACCACACGAUGCUUACUAUGUCAGCCAACAGGCAAUGCAGGGGCUGGGACAUUUGAACUCAAUUACUUCCGGCCAUGAUGGCUUUUACGGGGCUCAACAAAGCAUGCCUGGAUUGGGGCAUAUCGACUUUAGACAAUCCACUUUCACAUUUGGCAUGCAGGACGAGCAUAAUGUUAGGCCUACGCAAUUGCACGGCGCUGCCAGACAUGCUCGAGGAGUUCAACAAUUUGACUGACCAUGUAGCACAGUAGCAGAUGUUAAUGAAGGUAAAACCUUCAACUGUUCCUAGGAUUCUGCAGAUAAUUUCUGUAGAGCUGAUGCACCAUCCUUUUGCUGUCGAUUUCAAAUUGCAAGUGCUUUUGUGUGCAGUUUUUGACCUUUCUUCACCUGUAAUUAAAUUAAUUAAGUUUUCCUCUA